CGUCUGUUGCGUCGGUCGCUCGAGUCCUUUCCGCUCGCAAGAAAACACGCGGCAUUUGUUUUCGCCUCGUACUAGAUGCUGUCUGCAAUCGGACACAACAAAAGCACAAGCGGUGGCAAUAAAAAAAGCCACAGCGGCAGCGUGGAGCGAAAUUAAGCGGAGGCGCAGGAAGAAAACAAAAAAAAAAAAACGUAACUAAUCACCAGGCCAUCAAUGGCGGCCACUUUAGGCCAUUUUGUGGCAUAAGCGGAAACGGAAAUGGGCGACCCCAAAUAAACAAUCAUCACAUAAAUACGUAAUCAACAAGCGGCCCCAAAAAACGAGACGCCUUGGCUGGCAGCCAAAUCGGCAAACCACCCACCUCCCAGCCACCCACGACUCACCACCCAGCCACCCACCGCAGCAUGUAAGGCUCUGGGGGCGGGGGGAGUGGCACAGACAGUCGGAGCAAAAGUGGGGGUGUAGCGAUGUGAGGGCAAAACAGUUUGCAAUAUUUAAGAACAGAAGCGAGAAGGACGAGCACCUGUUGCGGACCCGGCCAAAAAAGACUUCACCGGAGUGGACUGGACGGGGUGAGAAAGUGGCGGUGAAAGUUCAGGUGAAAGGUGAAAGCCGCACACUGCAACAAUGGCCGUCAAUGUACUGGACUACGAUCACUUCGCCAUCAGCGCCAUCGUGGUGGGCAGUCUGCAGCUGAUCUUCUUUUUGGUCAACUCCAUGCUCCACAUGGACAAGCUGACGGACUUUGCCGGCGGCGUCAACUUCAUCAUCAUCUCCCUGCUGACCUUCUUCCUCGGCCAAAUCGAUCGCCCUUCGAAGGCCUACGACAGUCGCCAGCUGAUGGUCACGCUCUUUGUUUGCCUGUGGGGCGCACGGCUUUCCGGAUAUUUACUAUAUCGCAUUAUAAAGUUGGGUCGCGACAAGCAGUUCGAGGAUACCCGGAGCAACAUCAUCCGCUACGCGGUCUUCUGGACGUUCCAGGCCGUGUGGGUUUACAUAGUGUCACUGCCUGUAAUAAUCAUAAACUCGCCGCGCCACUCGCAGCCGCAUGCCCCAAAGACGAUGACCACACUGGACUCCACGGGUACGGGUAUGUUCAUCGUGGGUUUGCUGGCGGAGACCUAUGCGGACCUGCAGAAGUUCUCGUUCCGCCAGGAUCCGGCCAAUCAGGGCAAGUUCUGCAAUGAUGGUUUGUGGAGCGUGUCACGGCAUCCCAACUAUUUUGGCGAAGUGGUCAUCUGGUGGGGCAUCUUUGCCAUAUCCCUGAAUGUGAUCAGCGGCCAUGAGUGGGUUGCCAUUGCCUCACCCAUUUUCACCACGAUGAUCAUUCUCUUUUUGUCGGGAAUUCCCUUGCGGGAAAGAAGUGCCGAUGAAAAGUACAAAGACCAGCUGGAGUACCGGAAGUACAAGGCCUCGACCUCGCCGCUGAUCCCAGUGCCGCCUGCCGUCUACGUGGAGGUGCCCAGUGCCCUCAAGUUCAUCCUGUGCUGCGAGUUCCCCAUCUACGACUCGAUGCGGAUCCAGAAGGACCUCAGUCCGUACUCGCUGUCGAUAGCGCGCUCGCACUCGCACAUCUAGCAGUCAGUGGCCCACUCCGGCAGUGCGACGGGUCAUGGCCAGGGUCACUCCGUGGCCCACUCCCUGCACCGGGGCCAGUGCUACGGGGCCAAUGGCGGCGAUGCCGAGAGCCACCACAACUGCGGCGGAAGCUGCCGCAACGUGCACGUCAAGUCGAAUCCGUACCAGUGCGAGGCGGGCUACGGCCACUACUCGGUGUGCCACACGGACGACGAUACGGACGACGGGAUCAUCUACAUGGACCGCACCCACUUCUACCACGAGCAGGACGGCCACCAGGCGAAGUCGGCCGGCGCCAAGUGCAGCUACCUGGCGGAGGAGGAGCUGGCCUCCGACUACGACGAGGAUGUGCCGGCGAUCGACCUGAGCAAGGCCACCAGCGUGGAGACCUUCGCCACCCGGGUGCAGUCGGAGCAGGUCGUGAAUGCCGAUGGGUUGCCCGUGACAGUGACCACGAUUUUGUGAUUGCCACUUUAAGAUUUGCUCUCGAUCGGAUCGGAAUUUUAUAUUGGAUGUACAAUGGGGUGGAUCUCUGUUGGCUGAUAUUUUAAAACCAUAAUAUCUAAAUAUCUAGAAAAUUAUACUUGAGUUGGAGUUUUCUCAAAAUAAUCACUCAUACGACAGGUAAGCCAGAUAGGCACAUUUGUUUUUCAAUCCAGUUCUUGUCAAUACGUAUGAGUGAUGUAUAUGAUAAGAAUUUAUUCAGCAGACAUACUCCAAAGGUCGUUUUAAAUACUUAAGAGGUUUAUGUUAAUCAACAUUUCUAUGGGUGAAUUUUGGUGAACAUAAAUAUAGAAAAUGUACUAUAUGUUUUAGGAGCUUUUAGAUCAAAACAGUCGUUUUCUGGCAGCCCAGGGCCAAUGUUCUUGUAAAUAAAAUGGGUGACCAAAAACUAAACACAAAUGGGUUUGUUAACCCCAAAUCAAAACGAAACCUUAAGGUACAACCUUACUUUUUUUUUUGAUUCAACUGCGUUCCACCCUUUUGUACAUACAUAAUGAUGGGGAAAGGGGAUUAUUUAAGCUGACGAAUGCCAAAAUACUCACAGCUGUCUAACACUCUAGUCUCUAUGCUAUUGUUGCUCAAAUAACUAAUGUGCCUCUUAUGUGCCCAGCGCACCCUUAGAUUGUUGCACUCUUUCAAAGUUUACGCUAGUCUCUGUUGAACCCACGUUGCUCCGCGACUACUGUUGCCCCCCUAGAUCAAGAAUGGAAUACAAAUAUAUCUCUAUAACUCUGUAGCAUAUGUAUUUUAUUAUCGAACCGCAAACCACACCCCACCAAACAAAAGGAACCGAAUCUGAGGCCAUUUAAACUGAAACAUAUCCCAAGGCAAUGGCCAUCCAACCAAAGGUUGGGUCGCCAUGAAUUAAAAUAGGGAGGACGUUCAAUAGCCAUUGUUAUUUUAUAUACUGGAAUAUCUACUCGCAGUAGCUAAUGACAAAUAUACCCCAUGUUACCAACAAUGUUUGCGAUAUGUGUACGUGUCGGUGUCUAGUUUGUGUCUCAAAUGUUAAGCAGUAUUACCUAAUGAACGAAUUGUACCUAAUUGAUUAUGCUGAGUAUGGAAAAUAAUAAACGAAACUU